AUGAGGAGACCGAGCGGUACCGAAGCAGGGACCAGAUCAGCUUCCCACAGAGUAGAGCAGGAUGUUGGAUCUAUCUUCAAGAGGACUGAGAUUAUUGGACGUGGUAAAUUUGGGGUUGUUUAUAAGGGUUACCAUAGCAGAACAAAACAAGUGUUUGCGAUUAAAGUACUAAACUUGGAUUCCGAUGAGGACGAGGUUGAGGAUGUUCAACGAGAAGUGCAGUUUCUGGCUUCUAUGAAGCAGGUUCCCAAUAUUACACAGUACUAUGGGUCGUAUUUAAAAGAUACUACACUCUGGAUUAUUAUAGAAUAUUGUGCCGGAGGGUCUCUGCGUACAUUGUUACGUCCCGGUAAGAUUGAUGAGAAGUACAUUGGUGUAAUCAUGCGUGAGUUGCUUAUUGCAUUGAAGUUCAUUCAUAGGGAUAAUGUUAUACACAGGGAUCUGAAGGCUGCAAAUGUGCUCAUCACAAAUGAUGGUCAAGUGAAGCUUUGUGAUUUUGGUGUGGCGGCGCAGUUGAACCAGUCAAACUCUAGGAGACAUACUAUGGCUGGUACACCGUACUGGAUGGCACCAGAAGUGAUAAUGGAAGGUGUUUAUUACGAUACAAAGGUUGACAUCUGGUCACUUGGUAUUACCACCUAUGAAGCAGCAACGGGAAAUCCUCCUUACUGUGAAGUUGAAGCUUUACGAGCGAUGCAAUUGAUCACUAAAUCUAAGCCGCCCAGAUUAGAGGGCAGAUCGUAUUCGCCACUCCUCAAGGAGUUCAUUGCAUUAUGUCUUGAUGAAGAUCCUAAGGAAAGGUUAUCUGCCGAAGAGCUUCUAAAGACUAAAUUUAUCAAGGCGCAUAAGGCUACCCCUACGACACUUUUGAAGCAGCUGAUUUCAAGGUAUUUAUUGUUCAGGGAUAACAACAAAUCAGCACGAGAGAGUAUAUUCCUUCCGGAUGAUUAUCAAAAAGUCGACGAGAAGAAGCCUGAAAAGGAUGAAACCUCUGGCGAGAAAACGCAAGAUGAUACUAAGGACGCAGACGUCGAUGUUAAAUGGGAUUUCGACUCUCUCAGCUCUUCUGAUUAUAUUAUGGAGAAUGAUAUUGAUAUGGAGGAAAUACCUGAAGGUUGUAAUAAUGAUUGGACAAGUCCUCAACACGAUCGGUAUAACUACGCGUAUCCAGAAGAAGAUCAAUUCUAUUACUACCCAACAAAUCCUAACGGCAAGAUAUUUCAAGGUACUACAAUGGGCAAAACUCAACAGGGUACUAUGGUUCAAAAUACCACCUUAAAUGCACCACUCUCACGUACCAAUAACUUCACUAGUAAAUUGGCAAAGAGUGGGCGAACUAACCCGACGGCCAGUACUGGGACGUACAAGAAUUCUACUGGCACAAAUAAGAAACCAGAGGCAAGGCUGCCGAAGAAACUUUUAGAGCUUUUUGAAACUAAUGAAGUAAUCAGCGAAGAGGCAUCUACAGAUCCUGAACUACCUAGGAUGAAUAGGAACUUAUCACACUUGCAUAUGGGGUCUUUACCAGAAGACUCCGUUAGUCAACCCAUUUCGGAUGUCAAUGCAAAACGUCCACCGGCCCACUUGAUUAACAAUGGUGCAUUUUAUAGUCAAAGCACACCUGCAUUACCAGUUCUUCAGACAAAAUUUAGCAAAUCAGUGAAAGGACCUCCAAGUGCCGUGACCACAGCGCCAACACCUAUCGAGAUAGAGAUUCCAGAAGAGCUUCCAACCAGCACAAUACCGACGCCAUCUAGUACGGAGGCUAUCACGGGCUUGCAAACGAAACCCAGGUCAUCCACUGUUUCGACACCAGGUCCAGUUCCAUAUCAGAAAGGCCCUGGCUUAUCUAGAAGGCUCACGGUUGGUACUGCUGCAGGAACUGCUGCCACGAGUAGAGUAGGAGAAGAACAGACCAAAAAAAUUAAUAAUGGUACGAGCACCAAUUUCGAAUCCAGCGUUCCACCUGCAGUUAAGUAUCUCACAGACACUCCAUCACCUCACAAACUAUAUUCGAGCCAUGUAACCUCGCCAACAAGAAGGCUCGGAAACUCGCCCACAGGUGGAACCGCUCCACCACCUAUGAUGAAGGCUAUGGGGAACCAUGGAGAUAACAAAGAGCCAUUUUUGCAGCCUUUGAACACUACAACUAACUCGAACAGUGAAGUUAUCAAUUCAAAACCGGACAAAGAGACCAGUAGAGUAAACAGGGAUUUCAAGAGGAACAAUCCAAAUUUGAAACUUCAAAUGCCACUGCCAACUACUGUAGCACCACACAAGCUUCUAGAUCCUCCUACCGUAGCAGCUACGGCCAAUAACAGUAAUGCAGCACCAGAGCUCAUCAACCAGUUUGGCUUCAAUACGAGCACUGCAUCGAAUAUCCCAGUAUCGAUGACUCCGAUCAAUGAAAAGCACAUCGACUGGGGAACCAAACCAAAGAGGGUCCAUAGCAUUUCAAACAGAAAGAAUUCGCAGACCGUUGACGGAAUCACGUCUACAUUAGCCUCCGGCUCACUAUCAAACGGUGCAAAUGCCGUCCAGGCUCCUUUAGCGAUGAACCAGGGACCUUUGAGUAGCUCUAGUGUCAACGUUGCAUCUAUGUUCAGCACAAACAACGUAUCUGCCAAUAAUAUUCCUGCUUCAAGUUCUCAACCAUCUCUGGUACCUCAAGCUUCUAGUGCGACUGUUGUCACUACGAACUCUAAUGCUAAUGCCAAUACAGUGACCUCCGCAGUAGCUCCAACGAACACACUAAUGCAGCCACCACCGGCAACGCUGAACAUGGACCUAUUUAUUGAUGUUGACACUGGCGCAAUGGACUCUAACAGGUGGACUGACAAGAAACCGCGCGUCUUACAAGAACUCGAAGCACUCUUACAGAUGUUCGAAGAAGGUCUACCGGUGAUAGAGAACGCCCUCAAGAAGCAAUUGAAGUCGGACGAGCUGGUAGCAGCCGAUCACUGA